AUGACCGCAGAGGGAGAGCAGCACCAAAUGGACGGGGACAAAAUGAUGAGGCAUCUCAGGGAGCUAGAAAAGAGCUACCACAUUAUGACGAAGGAAUAUGAGAACAUAACAAACGUGAGUGUAAAGAACAAUGUAGAAAAUAUUAGGAUAAUAAAAAACGUGUUUAUUUUAAAUAGCCUCAUCGAUAAAGUGAAUAAAAAGCAUUUAAUGGAUGCCUUUGAAAAUGUAGAAAAUACAUUAAUUUUUAUUUUAAAAAAAAAUAAUACCAAUUUUGUCUUAAAAUUGGUAGCCAUAUUUUACCUAAAAUUGUGCUCCUACACAAGCUAUAAUAUUAGGGAACUGUAUGGCAGGUUAUUUGAGAUGACCCUGAACAAGUCGGUCGUCAACUCCCCAAGUGAAUUAAAAAGGCUGCAUGAGCACUUUCUAAAAAAUACCCUUCUUUUUACAUCCCUAAUUUUGGCACAUGUGCAUUCUCGGAUCGGUUCACACAUUUCUUCUCUGAUUGAGUACUCAAAAAAAAUAAAAAAAUCGGACAGUCAACAAUCCAAGUACUUCUACCUGGAAUGCGCAAACCAAAUAAUAAAAACAGCACAAAUGACCCCCACGGACAGUGAAAAAAUCUACAAAUUUUUGAAAAGACAAUUUAAUGAAAAAGAUGAAUUAAUUAAAUACAGAAUUGUUAAGUGUCUGACGUCCAUGUUUAUUGUACACCCUGAAUACUCCCUCCUGGACUUUGACUUUUUCGUAAAAUGUAUCCUUGAGGAUACUUACCUGAGUACGUAUUUAUGCCUGGUCAACCUCAAGCACAUCAUUAAGUUUCUCACUGUGAUGUUCUGCAAUUGCGCCAAUGUGAGGUAUAACCGAAAUAUCAACGAUUACGGUGCAGGUAAAAGUAGCUCCAAAAAUGGCGCAGAUGGGAUGGCUUCAUUUGCCAGUGACACUGCUGCGGAGAGGGAAGAUGAAAAAAACGAAGACGAUGACGAGGAUGAUGAUGAAGACGAAAAGGGUGAAGAAGGCGAAGAUGAGCAAUAUGAGGAGGCAAAACGGAGGAACAACAAAGGCAGCAAAACGACAACCGAUGAAGGAAAAAAGAAAAGUUUCUUUUCCGAUUUUAUAAAAAUCGCAACAGACGAAAUAGUGUCUAAAAUUAGCAAUAUAAAGUUAGAAGAAAAAGACGGAGGAAAAAAUUACAUUAAGGUAGAUCAUGUGGAUGGGUUUUUAUUUCUCACAGAUAACCUCUUUAAUAAGAAAAUUGUGAGAAAUAAAAAGAGCGUAUUAUUUGUGUACGACUUCGCUUCCUUUAUGGUCUUCUUUAAGAGGACCCUGUUGAAAAUGUUCAACGAUUAUCAUCACGAUUACACGGAAUUGAAGAAGCUGCACUUUUUGAAAAAAUUGGAGAAGUUCACUUACUACGCAGAUGUGCUGCACCACUUUGGAACGAAUGUGUACACCCCCGGUGGAGGUGCAGGUGUAGUGUACGAAUUUUUUAGAAAGCAGAAAAAAGGGUCCAGAAUGAGAACCGCGUCAUCCGUACCUGCAUGUGCAUCUGGAUCUGCAACUGCUGGUGGUGAAACAAGCGACAGUGAUACGUUUAUCAAUUACCUCCUCGAGAAGGACUACAAAUUGAUGAAAGAAAAGGAACCACUGCGUUACGAUGAUUUACACAUAUCAAUUGAGGAAAAAAAAAUCUUCAGAACGUAUUGCUCCUUGGUAAGUAGUACCCUUUUAAGAAGUAUUUUCUUCCAGUCCUUUAAGAAUUUACUCUCCUUUUCGAAGAAAUUUUCUGGAAAGUCCAUCAUAAAAAUUAUCAAGCUGUUUCUUCACCUGCUUGAUGUGGCAUGUACAAAUUGCGCCAAAAAGAAAAACGUAAAGAAUCCGCUCCACACGAACAAUAUAGCAAAUAGCUUUGAAAUAAACUUCCUCCUGUUCCACUUUACCGACGUUGUACAAGAGUUGGUGAGUAGGAAAAAAAGAGACAUCUAUACGAUUGUUAAGGAGAAGGAGUACAAGGCCAGGGAGAGGGAAAAGUGCAAAAUGGACGACAGUAGCGAAUACGAUGAUCGGGAAGGAAGCAAACGCACUUCACAUGAGGAGGAAAAGGGGAAAAUGCAUAGCACCUCGUUAUUUUGUGAAAAAAUAGACAACGAAUCCAGGACAGGUGAAGAGAGUAAUACCCACCAGAGUGGUGAAAAGGGCACGAACAACAUCGCACAGAUUGGCAAUACAAAUUCGAGUGACCCGAACGGAGGGAAUAAUGACUCAAAUUGGUACAAUCGAAAGAGGAGCACGUCCAGUCAAAACGGGAUGAACUCACCAAAUGGCAGCAAAACGAAAAAGGAGUUCGCACCCAUGAAGCGAAAAAAUAAAAGGAGCGAAGAAGAUAAUAACGUGAGGACCUACAUACAAAAUCAAGUAAAGAAUUAUUUAAUACAAAACAAUGAUACCAAUAUAGAUGUGAAUGAAAAAAAAAAAAAUAACAUUCUCCUCAAGGGACUAAUAAUUUUAUACAAUAAAGCCAUAGUAAAUAAUAGUAGCAUAAAAAAGGAAAAGUAUGAUAAGUAUGAGAACUUUCUGAAAAUGAUCCUGAACAACAUGAACGGAGUUCACAUUGAUAUAGAUCUACUUAGACACAUCAUACAUUUAUUUGUUAAGGUAUUUUUAAAGUUCCCUCAGUAUACCUACCAUUUAAUAACCCUGCUGGUGAACUACAUUACAAUAAUUAACGCCAAUUUUAUGACCUCCUUAACGCUGAACACAUUUGAUGAUAUAGAAAAACAAGUGAGCAUUUUAAUUAUCAGCUCCGUUUCGUUAGAGAAGAUUUUAUACUCCUCCUCCAGGUUCUACAGAUUCUACCAUUUGAACAAUUUAAUUCUGUGCGUUUUUGAUAUAUGCAAGUUAUUUUUGUCCAAGGUGCAGACACACCCUUUGAAGACCAUCAACGAGCUGAGGAGAAUUAUUUCCUUUUCUCUUAUCCAUGCGAUCACGUCGGUGGUGGUGUACGAGGAGGUGCGGAACAGGCGCAGUGACAAUGGCGUGGACCAGGGUGAGGAGGAACGCAUCUCCGAAAAGGAACCCCCCUCAACCACGACCCAAGAAGGAACGCUGAAACAUUUCGGGAAACAGGAACCACUCUACGACAGUGUCCUCUUCAAACUGCUGAUGGAUAUCAUGCGUGAAAUGCUCAACGAAAUUGAGGAGGAAAAAAUGCAGCGUUUUAUCAGUUCCUAUGAAGAACAAAUUAAAAAAAAGAAAAUGAACUCAGCGAAUUUCUUUAUCGUGGAUAAUUUAUUCAUUCUAGUGUACAUUUUAAAAAGUGUGCACACUAUUCUAGCAUCAGACAUUUUUACCUUUUCCUUUUUUGAUCAUAUUUACAAAAUUGUGCAGACCCUGUUCGAUUUCUUGCGCCAAAUGCAUGAGGUAAAAAAGGAACAUUACGACAAUGGAUGUGAGAAUUACGAAGCGCAGGUUGCCACAAUAGCCCCCCCGAAAAAAAGCAAAGAGAAAAGCGUCACCACUGGAAGUUACUCAAAAAAAGAGGGAACAAAAUCCUUCCACUUUUUCGAGUACGGAUUUACUCAAAUGUGUAGACUGAUAAACAUUGAAAAUGUUUUUUUGAUUUUUCUCAUUUACAUGCUGAAGAUUUUUUGCCGCGUCUACAAAUUUGUGAAGCAGAAACUGGGAAAGGGAGGAAAAAGUGGAGGGUCUUCAGAGGACGUUGCGCUUGCAAAAAACGGAACCAAAAUGUGUAUCGAGUCUGUCGAGGAGAGAUCCCCUUGUGAGGGAAAUCACAGCGGGGAAAAUUACAAACGGGGCAGCAGCAGCAGUGGCACUACAACAGGUGCUACGGGGGAAGUUCCUACCACUACUGCUAAUGCGGUUACUGAGUCUGUCCCCCCGAAUGAACCAUUUGCCCCCAUAUGGGAGGCGCUGAUACAGGCCAAGUCCUUCGAAGGAGAGCUCUUUAACGUCUUCCUCGAGUUGCUGAUCUAUUUGGUGAAAAAUAAAGACAAGGACAAUUUUAACAACGCAGUUAUUAACAUCCUGCAGAGGGAAGAAGCAAAGCGCAGGGAAAAGAAAAAAAGGAAGGAAACUACUACCGAUGUUGAAAAAAGGAAGAGCCAGCUAUUUGGGGAAGACCCAGAAUUGGACACCCUAAAUAUGCUGACGAAUAACUACGAAGCCUAUUACGAAUUGGUGCUAAUCCAUUUCGUGCAACUUUUCCAACUGUACGUAGAAAAAAAAAAAUAUUUCAACGUUAUUAUAAAAAAUAUUUACAGGUGUAUCUUAAAUGUGGACUUAAAUAAAAACGAGUUAAUAAUUUAUUUGCUAAUUUUGGAUAAAUUUUUAAAAACCAAAUUUUAUAACAAAAAAAAAGGAAAAAUAUUCAAAUGUAUGUUGCCCAUAUUUAAUGUACUAAAUAGCCAUUUUGUAAAUCAAAAUAGUGGACUUUUAAAUUCUCUUUUGAUAAGAAAUUUGACUCAUUUUAUUUGCCACGAUGAUAAUAUAGACUCCUACAUCUUCAGUUAUGUUACGAAAUUUUACCAGGCAUACUCCAGACAGAUUUUGCAGGAAAAAUAUUUGUGUAUCGUUUUUUCGAUAUUUUUAAAAAGUGUCAUUUUGUCUUAUAUCAAAAUUGAAGAUAAUAAUUCAUAUGUGAUGAAGGAAAAUAAGAUGCCCAUCGUGGGGGGGACUUUCCCCUCUAGUAAUUUAAGUGCCACCUCCUUGUGUAGCAGCACCUUUUUGGAUACUCCAAGUAGCACACGCAGUCGUAUCUUUUUAACAACUAAGGGGAAAGCCACAAAAAAAUUCAAUCCCAAGAAAGCCAUUUUCAAUAUAGCAAACUUCCGAACGUUGGAUUUAUGCCAACCGCUCAGCUUUUUAGGACAACGGAAGAGGGGAAGCUCCUGUAGAGGAAUCAAACGUAGCAAAUUUUACAACCGCCCAAAGAAGGGUAAAUUGGCAAAAUGUUCCAGCAGUGGCGUAUCAAGGUGCGCACAGGGUAAGUCAAGCUAUCUGGACAGACUAGCGAAUGGUAAGCUGUUUGGUCACGAAAAGGGAAAGGUGCUAGAAUUCUUCGAUACUUACCUAAACAUGCUGAAGGUGAUUCCACAUGAUAACAAAGUAUUCUCACUCGUUUUGAGAAACUUCAACGUGGUGGUACGAAAGAUGCACACCCGAGUUAACCUGCGCAGGAUUAAGGACUGCCUGGAUGUCGUGCUGGCUUACAUACUCAAGGAGGAGAACACGAACAUCUACCGCUUCGAAAUUGAACGCGGGGGGGGUGUCAUAGGGCUGUUUAACAACCUAUUGAGGAUUCUACAAAGGGGGGGUAUGCGAAUCGGCAGGAAAGGGGACACCAAUGUGGGGGUUAAAAAGGGCCACAAAGAACCCACCUGUAAGAAGCUGUCCAGCUCCCAGAGACAAACGUUACUCGAAGUCGAGAACCAAGUGCUGAACAUAUUCGAACUUUUCCUAACCUGUUAUGAAAAGAAAACGGACCGCCGCUUGUUCAGCACGAUUAACAUCAUGUUCCGUUUGGUGAAGAAAAAAAAGUUGGAAAAUUUUAUGAACAAAAUGUCGAUACUAAUACAGAGGAACAUAUUUUUGCAAAGCGAUAAGAAUAAAAUUCAAGGCGCAAUAAAAUGCGUGUGUAAAUUGCUGAAGAGGAAGGUCCAAAUUCCAUUAAGUGACAAUUUUGAUUAUCACCUGUUGGUGAUUUACAACCAUCACAGUGGGGACAAGAUGGACGACAAGUGCAUCACAGAACUGCUCCAAAUGAGGAUACUCACAUACGGUUUUUAUAAUGUUAACCAGUGGACAAAAUUGUUUGACAGGAUUUUAAAUUCUAAAAAUAUGUUCCUGUAUGAUCUCAUAAAAUAUCGAUCCAAGGGAAGGUACGCCAAGUAUGAAAGGAAUGAUUGUAAUAAAAAUUUGCCGGAACAGGAUGCCACGAAGGAAAAUAACUUACUAACAAAUGAGAAACAGCCAAAUGAGGAACUGAAGAGCUGUUCCACCUUUCACACCUCAUUGUUUAGCAAACAUUUUACCCACAAUAGACACAUAAAUUUAAAAGAAGAAAAUGAGCAAACGGGGGGGAACAAGACCAUGUACUUUUUUAACGUUUUCAAAUUAAGGCAAAGUGAUUUCACCUUCUCGUUUGAUACGAAAUAUUUGGCAAUGAAAUUGUUGUUAUUGUUUCUGAAAACUGUUAGUCUUUCCCCCCUUGUGUGUGUGCACAACGACGCUUACUAUGUGAGUUACGUGAAGAAGCGCCUGAAGAAGGGGAUACUGAGCGGGGGAGUGCCAACCAACGGGCAGGAAAAGCCUACGGGUGGCAGGGUUAGUGAUUCUAAGAAUUUUAAUAAAGCUGCUCGAGAAAGAAAUAGCAAGAAAGUUUCCCGAAGCAGCAGCGCGUGCACGCGAAGAAGCCACGCCAGUGACAGCAGUUGUAAUGACCUAGCACCACCUCAACAAUCUAUCACAUGGAAUAAAAUGAACAAACGGGCAUAUGUCCCCCCAUGUGAUGACUUCUGCUCAAGGGAAAGGAAUGAAAAGAUGAAGGACCAAAUGAGUUACAUCGAAGAUAUGCUCAUUCGUAGGUGUGCCAAAUGGGAGGCUACAUUUAACAAUGUCAACGUUGAAAAUAUCGUGGAGAACUUUUCCCUGUAUGAUAAUUUCGAACAAAUAUUAAACAUCAUAUUGCACAACAUAAAUUAUGGGAUCAGAUUUGAGAAGCUGUCUAGACUAGCCAUAAAAGCUUUGAUUCAAUUUUUAAAAAUUUUUAAAAACUCCAAAAUAAUUUUGGAUGAAUUUUCUAGUAACCAUGAAAUUAUGCUGCUAACAAAUUACGAAAUUAAUAUUUUUACAUCUCUGAAGAUGUACUAUGAGUCCUUUCACUUUUUGUAUUUUAGCUACCUAGAUGGUAAUCCUCCAGGGGGGGAUAGUUUCGACGUGGUUGGAGAUAAACCCAAUGAGCAUCUACAAUUUUCGCACUUUUUUCUGAACCCACUGAUGAGGGUAUACAACUUAUUUCUAUUGCUAAACGAAAUUGGGUUGUGUAACUCGCACGCAAAAUUUGUGGAAUACUUUUUUUAUUUUGCCAUGAAGGGAAGUCAUGCUGAUAGGGAAGAACUUACAGAAGGUACAACACAUGCACGGGAAAAAUCUGACAUGAUGAAUGGGAAUGUUUCCAUGAAUGGAUAUCACACUUCUAAUGGGAAUGCUCUACCACAUAUAUUGGAAAGGAAGAAAAUUCCUACAAUAAAUUCGUCGCUCUUCUUCUCAGAAUUCGACUCCUGCGUGUAUUACCUCUUUUCAUACAAAUCAUUCUGCCUCUAUGUAAUAAAUAGCGAGAAGGCCCAAAGGAACCUUGGCAACUUUAACAUAAAAACGGUGGUAAAGAAUAUUAGCUACAUUUUGUAUGACACGAUUGUUAUGUACUUUUGGACAUUUGGGCAUAGCGGAGGAGGAGGUGCAGAGAACUGUCAGGACGAAGUGAUUCACAGAUUUUUUACCUGCAUGAACGAAAAGGCAAGAAGCUUGUCCACUUUUUAUUUCAGUGCAUUUGCAAUAUUUUUGCAAUUUUUAAACAUCAUAAGGAGGAGCAAUGACCUUAUCAUAAGUGCGAAGAAUUGUACAUUGUUCAAAACGUUAAUAUAUUUUUUGUGCUACCAUUUGAAGGAGCAUAAGGACAGAUUAAAAGAGGAAACGAAGGAGAUAUACUUUAAGUUCAUUUUUGGGUACUUAAGUUUGACUGGAUUUGAUUCAGAUUUGUCCCACCAGGUGGGCAACACCAUUUCUGAGCAGGGAGACGUCACACUGGAUGAGGCGCAGUUGUCCAGUUCAGUAAUCACAGAAGGGAAGGGGGAAAAAUCUCAUAGGAUUGAAAACUCAAGCAGAAGUUGCGUCGGCGAAGACAUGUCUAAACCGUUGUCUCUUCCCAGUGAAACUAUGCAGUGUUUUUACGAAGUGUCAGGGAUCCCUUUUUUAAAAACCGUUUUGGAUUACAUUUUGAAGCAUUUGAUAAUCUUUGUGAACGAAAAAGUUUUACCAAGCGUGCUCGAAUUUGUCUCUCUCGCGCAUGAGCAUUUCGCAAAUUUGGACGGUGCAGGGGGGAGCCACCACAGCGUGCUGAGAAAAGUGUUCACAUUGCACUUAUUCGUAUUGGGUAAAUUUUUAAGAAAGAGGCGUUACGGAGAUAAACGCGGCAGUGCUGGCUUCAGAGGUGGGGACGAUGGGGGGAUGCUAACUCGGCUGUGGAACUCCGUGCUCAGCUGCUACACCCUAUUGGGGAGGUUAGAGGGGGUGCAGCUAGAGGAAGGAAAGAUUACCGAUGAAAAGGUUACAGAUGCAAAAACGGCGGAAGCCAAACUGGCGCACAAAAUAAAGGCCCUGCUGCAGGCGCUGUUCUUCCAGAAGAUGAAUCUCCUGAAGGAGGAAAAGCUGAGCACCAGGUUGUUGAAGUUGUUCUUUCAAAAUUGCAGCGAAAGUGAUCUGCAGAAUUACCUAAGCCAUAUGAAAAGUUACAAAGGGGAAAUGGUCAAAAUGGUGAAGAACCAGGAUUUGCCGCGCUUAAAACUAUUUUACAUAAAGGUUAUCAUUUUUAUACAUCAUGUCAACACAACAGACAUGCUGGAUGGAAGGAGAAAGGUGCAUUACACAGAAGAAAUAUUGGACGUGUUUAUUAUCGCCUCACGUAGGAUGAAAAUGGCAUACCACGACAUGGGUAUGGAAAUGAAGCGAAGAAAUAUGAGCCCCAAAAAAAAGGAAGAAAAAAACAGGCACACAAAGAACCAAAUUAUACAAUCCUUUUUAAAUGCCAUAAAGAAUAUAUUUACUCUUCUCCAAAAAAGGGAAGAUUCCAUCGUUUUUUAUUUUACACAUAAUUUGAUAAAAAACGACAUGCUGCCCAUUCUCCUGGUUGAUCAUCCCACGGAAAAUGUGGACUACGAAGAAUUGAUACGAGCAGAUUCGUCCGAGGAAGAUAUUAUUACCUACCCCGUCAAAAUUUUAAACUCCUUUUUUGACACCUUCAUGGGUAGAGAGGCACUCAUGAGGAAGAUUCUCAUUCCGUAUAUUACCUUUGUUCACAAGGUUUGUCGUUUAUGUGAUGCAAACAGGAUUGAUAUUACAAAGUCUUUCUUAACCGUCGAUGCAAAUGCAGACAAAACGAUUAACCCGUUAAGUGUGGGUGAAGGAAGUUCGUGCCCAGAGAACUGCUUCCCCCGCACAGCAGUUGUACGCACGGGAAGUGGCACCAUGACGAUAUAUUUCAAAGAAGUAACAAACGUUUUUAGAAAUGUCGCUUUUAAGAAUGCCUCGUUUUUUAAGGACGUCCUGGCGGACAUCAGUGGGGAAGAGAAAGUCAUGGUAUAUAACCUGAUCAAAGAGGCAAUUUCUGUAGAGGAGCAGACGGAGCAGCGAACUAAGCAGGAACAGGAAAAGCUGGACUUCAGCUUUGUCAAUUAG